GUGGCAAUCCGGCACUUCUGAUCGGCUACGGGAUCCGUAUGCUUGCGAAAGCAAGGCUCAACAAAGCAAUGGCAACUCCACCAGACGUGCUGCUAAGAGUCUAAAACACACCGGUAACUAAACGCGUUUUAACGGCACCUUAAAAGCCAUCCACCUCCCCCGGCAGCGGAAAGCUUGUCAACUCUGGAAAAAGGUGCGAUGGACCCGAGAGACACAGCCCCGGAUUCGUGGGAGCUGGAGGAGGAUGCCGAGGCCCCGGCUGCAGCGGCGGAGCUCCCCGCCGCCUUCGCCGCCCUCAACGUCAACGCCAAGCCGUUUGUCCCCAACGUUAACGCCCCGGUGUUUGUCCCGAGCUUCCUUCAAGCCAGCGCCGUGGAAAUGCCGGCUGCAGACGGUGCCCCCGAUCCAGUGGCCAGCAUGGAGGUGGCAGAAACAGCUGCUCCGGUGGAGAAUGGAGGCACAGAGGCCGACAUGACCACGGAGGACGAGACGUGGGAGCAGAAGGAGGAGCCGGGGGGAGGCGGAGGAGGCGGAGGACAGGAGGACCUGGGCUCGGGAGGAGCCUGCGAGGAGGGAGCCGCCAGGAACGAGGAUGAGGAGAUGAUGGAGGAGGAAGAGGAGGAGAUGCCCAUGCCUAAAGUGGCUCCGGCACCACCAGAUGCCCCCAAAAAAGAACACGUGAACGUGGUCUUCAUCGGUCACGUGGAUGCUGGUAAAUCAACUAUUGGAGGACAGAUCAUGUACUUAACUGGAAUGGUGGACAAGCGAACCCUGGAAAAAUAUGAAAGAGAGGCGAAAGAAAAGAACAGGGAGACAUGGUACCUGUCGUGGGCUCUGGACACAAACCAGGAGGAGAGAGACAAGGGGAAGACGGUGGAGGUCGGCAGAGCUUACUUUGAGACCGAGAAGAAACACUUCACUAUCCUGGAUGCACCCGGACACAAGAGCUUCGUCCCCAACAUGAUCGGUGGAGCUUCACAGGCCGACCUGGCAGUCCUGGUGAUUUCAGCGAGAAAGGGGGAGUUUGAGACCGGCUUUGAGAAGGGCGGACAGACGCGGGAACACGCCAUGCUGGCUAAAACAGCAGGAGUCAAACAUCUCAUUGUGCUCGUCAACAAGAUGGACGACCCCACUGUCAACUGGAGCCUAGAAAGGUAUGAAGAGUGUAAGGAGAAGCUGGUUCCAUUUCUAAAGAAGGUGGGCUUCAACCCUAAGAAGGACAUCCACUUUAUGCCUUGUUCUGGACUCACAGGUGCCAACCUCAAGGACCCCGUGCCCGAAUGCCCCUGGUACACGGGUUUGCCAUUUAUUGCCCAUCUGGACAGUUUGCCAAACUUCACCAGAUCCAGCGACGGACCAGUCAGACUACCUAUCGUAGACAAGUAUAAGGACAUGGGCACGGUUAUCCUCGGGAAGCUGGAGUCUGGAUCCAUCAGUAAAGCCCAGCAGCUGGUCAUGAUGCCAAACAGGCACACGGUGGAGGUGUUGAGCCUGCUGAGCGACGAUGUGGAGACAGACGAUGCAAGUCCUGGGGAGAAUCUGAAGUUGAGGUUGAAGGGCAUCGAGGAGGAAGAAAUCCUGCCUGGUUUUAUCCUCUGUAGCCCUGACAACCUGUGCCACUCGGGCCGCACCUUUGACGCACAGAUCGUCAUCAUUGAGCACAAAUCAAUCAUUUGUCCUGGUUACAAUGCAGUCCUUCACAUCCACACCUGCAUCGAAGAAGUGCAGAUCUCAGCCUUAAUCUGUCUGGUGGACAAGAAGACGGGGGAGAAAAGCAAAACACGACCACGCUUUGUGAAGCAGGACCAGGUGUGUAUCGCCAGGCUCCGGGCAGCUGGAGUCAUCUGCUUAGAGACCUUCAAAGACUUCCCUCAGAUGGGACGAUUCACACUGCGAGACGAGGGCAAAACCAUCGCCAUCGGCAAAGUGCUGAAGCUGGUGCCAGAAAAGGACUAAAUGCAACGUUGGCAGCAUGCAUGGAGUUCUUCCACCCGUUAUCAGAAGAGAAACGCUGCUAGAGCCGACCCAAACAGCUACUCUCUCUUUACACACAACUAUGCUGAAGAGGAGAACAACGACAAAAGGAGCGAAGGAGAAGGAGAAUAAAAUUUGAGACUGAAUCAGUUUUUAUGAACAAUAUGAAAUGAGAGACCAAGUCCAGUGUGUCAGCUUUCUCAUAUUGAGAGCUCAGCUAUGCCACUAAUGUAGCUACAUGCCCCCGUUCUAUACUCCCACAGCUGACCGCGCAGUCGGCCCGCCACGCCAUUUGUUUUUAGAAUGGAGAUGGAUGUAACUGAGUUUGGGGAAGAAAAACAAACAAAAAAAACAGAAUGACAGAAUGAUGAUUUUACAUCCUGUAAAAGACCAGAGUUAGCCUGUAAUUUUAAUUUGCAUCUCCCUUUCUAAGAGUGGGAUUCAGAAUCCAGUGGACCUUUUAUUUGGUUUUGAGGAUUGCUGUACCAAAAUUUUUAGUUUGGUCUCUCUCCAUGAGAUGGUUUAAUUGGAUUGAGCUCACAUACGACUCUGAUGAACCAUGGAUUUAAACACACACACAAACAGACACACACAGCUGUUACAUAAUCUAAACUGAAAAUAAAUGAUCAAGCUGCAACUCAAAUGUGUGUUUGUUUUCAU